CUAUAGUCGGACCAAAUGCUACAUUCGUUUAACAGAGAGAGGCUGGCCUCAAGUGGGCGAUUGGCGCCAUUUUCGAUGUGGAAAUCAUGGCCUAUCCGAUUGAGUGCUGUAGGUAAGUUGUUUCGACCGGAGAGAUACAACCAGCCGUUCAAAGGAUUAUACAUAUUGCCCAUUAGAAUGUGUGAUGAGAAAAAAGUGAAAAUGACAAAAUUAAUUGGUACACAUGAUGGAACAUUUCACUGUGAUGAAGUCCUUGCCUGCUCAUUUUUGAAAAUGCUGCCAGAAUACAAACAUGCUGAAAUUAUAAGAUCCAGAGAUCCAGAAAAGCUUGCAGAAUGUGACAUUGUAGUUGAUGUUGGUGGAGUUUAUGACCCUGCAAAACACAGAUAUGACCAUCAUCAGAGGGCAUUUGAUGGAACAAUGGCUUGUCUAGCACAAAAGAAAUGGCAAACAAAGCUGAGCAGUGCAGGGCUUGUGUAUUUGCACUUUGGACAUCAGAUACUGUCUCAGAUUGUUGGAGAGGCUGUUGAAAAGAAAGAUGUUGAAGUACUUUAUGACAAACUGUAUGAAAAUUUCAUUGAAGAGAUUGAUGCUAUUGAUAAUGGAGUGAAUCAACACGAUGGAGAAUCAAGGUAUCGAAUUACUACUACACUGAGCUCGCGUGUUUCAUACUUGAAUCCAAGAUGGAAUGACCAAAGUCCUGACCCAUGGAAAGGAUUUGAAAAAGCAAUGGAGCUCGUACGGUCUGAAUUUCUGGACAGAGUCUCGUAUUUUAAAGAAUCUUGGCUGCCUGCAAGAUGCAUCGUCGAAAGUGCCAUCAAAGAACGAGCAAAGGUUCAUGAAAGCGGAGAGAUAAUUAAUUUUGGAAAGGGUGGCUGCCCUUGGAAGGAUCAUUUAUUUGAAAUAGAAAAAGAGUUGGGGAUGGAGAACAAAAUUAAAUAUGUGCUAUUCACAGAUCAAAACGGAAAAUGGCGAGUGCAGUGCGUUCCUAUUGGUCUCUCCUCAUUUGAAAACAGACUCAGCCUCCCAGAAGAAUGGCGGGGAGUAAGAGACGAAGAGCUGACGAGAAUUUCCGGAAUUGCAGGCUGCAUUUUCGUACAUGCAUCGGGAUUUAUCGGUGGAAAUGCGACAUAUGAAGGCGCUCUGGAGAUGGCUAGACAAUCUUUGAAUAGAGAAAAAUGAUAUCUUAGCGACAAGGCACCAUCUUAAAUCAUCUCCGCUGAAUGAACAAAAGGUAGAAGCAUUUUGAGGUACAGCUUGUAAAGCAUUUAAAUUUCAAGAAAAUGUCUACCUGCUAUGAUUCUUUACCUGCUA